AAAAACAGAGUAAGAAGACGAAAGAAUCAAACAAAGCUAACAGACGAGCAUGUCGUUCAUAUUUAGCAGCGCGACAGAGCUCGGCACCUCACUUCAUUUCCUUUCUUCCUCACAAAAUUCAUUUGGGCUCACUCCCAUCAUCCCCACCCCACUUCCUUCUUUUGCUUCAAACAAACAAGAAUGUUGACCUCUACAAUGUCAGAGAACACCACCUUGUAGCUGCAGUUAAUGCUCUUUCUGUCUUGGUUCUCGUUCUUAAAGGACCCUUUCAACUACCUCCACCUAUUAUCUCUUAUCCCUCUUAAUUUCCUCCUCCUUCUUCUUCUUUAGAUUUUUUUUUUUGGAAGAGCAACGCUAGUGCUUUCUUUUUCUCUGCUUUAUCAAUUUGUCUCUAUUUCCCUCGGUCCCUUUUUGUUUUUGUUUGUUUUCUUCUCUGUUUUUUAGGAUUUUAUCCUACCAAUACACUGUUUGUAUUUUGUAAUCGUCAUCUUGAGUUUUUGUAUCUUGUCUCUUCAAAUUCUCUUGCAGCAGCCUUUUCAUUCUUGGGCAUUUGUUAUCUGUGGGAAUUGUACCCUGUUUAGAAGAUUCUCUUCUUUACUCUGUUUUAUUUCUCUUUGCUUUGCUUUCCUUUUUCUUUCUCACCUUUUGGUCGGACCUUCUGAGGCUCGGUUUGGCUCUUUGUUUUCUUAUAGUUUUAACACCAUUACUUUUGUAUUUUCUUCUUAAGUGGAGAAUAAUUCCUGACUAGGGGAAUUUCCCCAGACAGCUCGCUUUUGCUGAUAUCAGUCAAAAGGUUUCCAGGUUUAUACCAUGUGGCUGACAAUUCUCGCUUUAGUUCUUCGUUUUCGAUCAUCUUGUUGAUUAACCAGCUAGUUUCCAGAGGUUUCUCAAAUGGGUUCUCUCCGAUUUUUCCUUAUUAUCAGUCUUUCGUGGAUUUUUUUCCCUCCCUUUACUCAUCAGCUACAAACUUCUCAGACCCAAAUCCUGUUGCAGAUUAGGAAGCAUUUGGAGUUCCCAUCUUCCUUGGAAGUUAUGGACGCUUUCGAUGGCGACCUCUGCAAUGUUUCUCCAUCUCGAAAUAUGACUAUUGCGUGCCAGGACAAUGUAGUCACUGAACUCAUAAUUAAAGGGGAUAAGCUUGUCGAUUUUAAAGGGUUUAAUGGGUUUCCAAUUCUAAAUCAAACUCUAUCUGAGAGGUUUUCAAUGGAUUCCUUCGUUACUACAUUGUCAAGGUUAAGUAGCUUGCGGGUUCUCGGCUUAAUUUCUCUGGGUAUUUGGGGGCCACUUCCUGAUAAGAUUCAUCGUCUCUCUUCUCUUGAAUUCUUAGAUUUAAGUUCGAAUUACAUAUAUGGUCAAAUCCCUCCUAAGAUUUCCACUAUGGUUCAACUCUAUUCAUUGGUUCUUGAUGGUAAUUUCUUCAACGAUACAGUUCCUGAUUGGAUUGAUUCUCUAACGAACCUUACAUUUUUGAGCUUGAAAAGCAAUCGACUGAAGGGUCAAUUUCCUUCUUCAUUAUGCAAAAUUAGAACAUUAGCUGAUGUUUAUCUGUCUCAGAAUGAAAUCUCUGGGGAAUUGCCUGAUUUGAGUGCUUUAGUCAAUUUGCAUGUACUGGAUAUUAGAGAAAAUAAGUUAAACUCUGUUCUUCCAGUCAUGCCAAAAGGACUAGUUACACUUCUACUUAGCAAGAAUGCUUUAUCUGGUGAAAUUCCCAAGCACUUUGGUCAGAUGAAUCAGCUUCAACAUCUUGAUUUAUCAUCCAAUCGACUGACGGGCUCGCCACCUUUUUUCUUGUUUAAUUUGCCGAACAUUACAUACCUAAAUUUAUCUUCAAAUAUGAUGAGUGGAACUCUUCAAAACCCUCUAAGUUGCAGUGCCAAACUUGGGGACGUUGAUAUUUCCGAUAACAAGUUAACUGGUACACUUCCGUCUUGUUUGGGAAGUUCUUCAGACAAAAGAAUGGUUAAAUUUAGUGGGAAUUGUUUUGCAACUGAUUUGCAACACCAGCAUGAAGCAUCAUUUUGUGCAGAAUCCCUUGCAGGAACAGGAAAGUCUAGAAGAAAAGAAAAACUGUUGAUUGUUGCCUUCAUCAGUGGAGCUAUAACUGUUAUAGUGCUUUUAGCUUUGGGAGUUUUCUUUUUGUACCGUAGGCUGUGCGAAAGAACGGUACAAGAGCAGCCGGUACCACCGAAAGCUGUACAAGAAAAUUCACCUGCUGCUGUUCCAUCUGAACUACUAGCAAAUGCCAGGCUUAUUUCUCAAGCAAUAAAGUUAGGUGCUCAAACUGUUCCAGUAUGUCGAUCAUUUUCUUUUCAAGAGCUAAGGGAAGCUACAAAAAACUUCGAUAAUUCAAUGCUCUUGGGAGAAGGUUCUAUAGGAAAGCUCUAUAGAGGAAAAUUGGAGAACGGGACCCUUGUUGCAAUAAGAUGUUUAGUUUUAUCGAAGAAAUAUUCAGUUCAAAACCUUAAAGUUCGGCUGGAUGUUCUUUCGAAGCUUCACCAUCCCCAUUUAGUUGGCCUUUUUGGUCACUGUAUGGAGGGAGAUGGACUUGACAACUCAAAUGUCAACCAAGUUCUUCUUGUAUAUGAGUACGUGUCGAACCGGAAUUAUCGUACCCUUUUGUCAGAAACUUAUCCAGAGAAGGUCCUGAAAUGGUCGGAUAGGUUGACAAUUUUAAUUGGAGUUGCCAAGGCCAUUCACUUUCUACAUACAGGUGUUAUUCCUGGUUCAUUCAACAAUGGACUGAAAACAAACAAUAUAUUGCUUGAUGAACACCGAAUUCCAAAGCUUAGCGACUAUGGCACAUCAAUUAUCACUGAAGAAUCUGAAAAGCAUGAGACAAAGGGAGAAAGCACAAAAUCAAGCAACAGGAGAAACUUGGAGGAGAAUGAUGUUUACAAUUUUGGAUAUAUAUUGCUUGAAUCACUUGUUGGGCCUAUUGUAACUGGAAAAGAAGAAACAUUUCUUCUAAAUGACAUGGCAUCCUUUGGCAGCACGGAUGGCCGGAGACGAAUUGUGGAUCCAGUAGUUUUGACCACUAGCUCCCAAGAGUCGUUAUCAAGAGUUAUAUCUAUCACAAAGAAGUGCAUAUCUCUCGAUACAGUGUCUCGACCCUCAUUUGAGGAUGUGCUGUGGAACUUGCAGUAUGCUGCUCAAGUCCAGGCCUCUGCUGAUGCUGAGCAAAAGUCUGAUUCCGCAUCUUAGUUGUAAAUAUUACAAGUUGUUCGAAACUCGACUCGAGUCUUCCUACAGUCGCAACAAGGCAACAACGAGUUUCAUGAAGAUCAGGUAGGCAAUAUUUUAAGCUGCCAUUUCUUUCAUUUCAUGUUCUCCACAACUGAUGUAAAAAUGUAAAUGUUAGAGAGAAAACUACAGUACCUUAGAGUUCGUUUGAACAGUGGAUCCCUUCUUGAAGAGCAACAGUAGAGUAUUACAGUGAUGAUUGAGAUGAGUGAAUUUUAGUCAAAAGAAAAUUUUCAGUGAAAAAGUUUGCUAUCAACAAUGAAAAUUAGUUUCUUUCACCCAGAA